UCAGCGCCACGUGUCCAGUUAGCAUUAGCUUAAACCGGAAAAAAAAUGUGGGGUGGGAAUAUGAGCUCGUCGUCGUCUUAUAAAUAUUGGACUCAUUGUCUUCCUUUUCCCAAACCUUCACUUUCCUUUCAAAUCUCCAAUAAGUAUACUCAAGCUUAACUAAAGCAUCAUUCGAUCAUGAAGGGGGGUUUGCUUGUGGACGAUGAAUUUAUACACGAAGAAGAAAGGAGCCUAACUGUUCGGAAAACUUCUCUGUUUUUCGCCGGCGAUGGUUUCACGGUUUACGACUGCAAGGGAAGUUUGGUCUUUCGGGUGGACUCUUACGGUGGUCCCAACACCCGCGACACCGACGAGGUUGUCCUCAUGGACGCUCACGGCCGUUGUCUCCUCACCCUCCGACGAAAGAGGCCGAGUUUGCGACGGAGAUGGGAGGGGUAUCUCGGGGAGAGAUCGGACGGCCAGAAACCGAUAUUCGGUGUCAGGAGAUCGUCGAUAAUCGGGAGGAACAGUGUGACGGUGGAGGUGUACGGGGACUACCAGUGCAGCGAGUACCUGAUAGAAGGUAGUUUCGGGGCAAGGAGCUGCACGGUGGUGGAGGCGGAGACGAGGCUGAAGGUGGCGGAGAUAAGGCGCAAAAUGGAUGCGUCAACGAACGUGAUGCUUGGAAAAGACGUUUUCUCGUUGAACGUGAAGCCCGGUUUUGAUGGAGCCUUUGCCAUGGGAUUGGUUCUUGUGCUUGAUCAAAUCUACGGCGACGAUCUCCUUGAGGUUGGUGAGGAACAGGUGCACCCUUCCGCAGAAGAUCUCUGAUUUGAUUUUUCUCCUUUCUUGUUUUUGUUUUCUUCUUUUUUGGUGGGACGCAAAACCGAGUGGCAAAUAAUUAUUAUUGUGAGUUUCUGUCGGCUUCAAAGGAAACGAUUUGCACACGUUAUUUCUCGUCGCUCCCAUGCUGUUGUAAUCUGGUUUGAAUUACUACUCAGUUACAGCUGUUUGAUUUGAAGAAAAAAAAGGGUUUACGAAAAGA